GCCCCUUCAGGUCUUAUAACUUAUAUUAAGCCAUAUUACCACAUCAGGGGCCACGCGGUCACCGCCGUAUGCCAUGGACAAUGUAUAGCGUCCCAUCACGUCGGAACGGACCUCGUCUUGUCCGACUGGGGGAUCCUAAGACUCCCAGAUGUGGCGUCUUACCCAGCGGGGUGAAUACCGAGCUAUCUUCGGCUUCGUGACCUGACCACCAUUCUAGAACGCGGCCUUUCGGCCGGAGCUGUUCCGUAGGAUUCAAAGGCGUCUGGUAUAUGACAGCCUCGAGUUCCUGCUUGCUUUUUCCAGUCCGUUCUAGUUCCCCCCUCUCGUUCUUUCGUCCCUUAAGAUUCGAAAUUCAGCGUGAUUGAUCGAGUAUCUACUACCUUUCGGGUAUAUAUAUAGUCAAAUCGGAACCACAUAACUGGACGUCACCAUGGCUACUGAGGCUGCCCCUGCCGCACCGGCUGCGGAACCGCAGUAUGACAUCCCCAAAGAAUGCAAGGCCGCCGUCAUCCAUGAUAUCGGUCCGAACUUCACGGUGAAGGUGGAGAUGGUGCCAGUACCAGAGCCAGGUCCCGGCCAACUCCUCCUCAAACUCAACGCAACCGGUAUCUGCUACUCCGACGUGCAUUUCAUGCUGAACGAUCUGGGCGCCCCGCCCAUGUCCUUCUUCGGCGUCAAGUCGCCAGGACACGAGGGUGCUGGCAUCGUCGUCAAGGUGGGGGAGAACGUCAGCGGCUGGAAACUCGGAGAGCGCGCCGGCAUCAAGCCGAUGUGGGAUACCUGCCAAUCCUGUGAGCUCUGCUGGAACGACAAAGAGACAUACUGCGAGAAAGUCGUCCACACCGGCCUCAUGGUCACCGGCUCCUACCAACAAUACGUCCUCUCCCCCGCCCGCUACACCACCCGCAUCCCCGACGGCAUCCCCGACCACCUCGCCGCCCCCGUCAUGUGCUCCGCCUCCACCAUGUAUCGCUCCCUCGCCGAAUCCGGCCUCCGCCCCGGCGACUGGGCCGCCUUCCCCGGCGGCGGCGGCGGCGUCGGCAUCCAGGGCGUUCAGCUCGCCAAGGCCAUGGGUUUCCGCCCCAUCGUUGUGGACACCGGCGAUGCGAAGCAGACGAUGGCGCUGGAGAUGGGCGCGGAGGCGUUCGUGGAUUUCAAAGCGACUGAGGACGUCGCAAAGGAGGUGGCAAGGAUCGCGGAUGGGAAGGGUGCGCAUGGCGUGUUCGUGACGGCACCAAAUGCGUACGCGAAUGCGAUUUCGCUAGUGGGCUCGCGGAUCGGGGCGAAGGUUAUGUGUAUCGGGUUGCCGCCACAGGAGGCGAACUGUAUGUUGCAGAUUCCGCCGGGGCAGUUGAUCUCGAGGAACUUGACGGUGAAGGGGACGUUGGUGGCGGGGAUGGGCGAUACGGCGAAGGCGCUGGAAUUCGCGGCGAGGGGCGCGUUGAAGCAGAUUUGUGAGGUGGUGCCGGUGGAUCAGUUCCCGGAGGCGAUUGCGAAGUUGAUGAGAGGCGAGGUUGCGGGGAGGAUGGUGAUCGACUUCAAUGCUUGAGAUGAUAUGCCGUGCCAUAAGGCUGUGUUAGUAAAUGCAUAUUUGGCUCUCUCUAGUUUCCAUUGCUAUUGUGCUCGGCACAAUAGUCGGAACAAUAUUAGCAUCCGUAUCCAUUGUCCAGCAAUAUUCGAAAUCAGCGACCUGGUAUGUCUCCAUGGUCGAUAGCAUCACCAACGACAACGGCCAAUUCAAUUAGAUUAGAACCACUAUGAUACCACUAUCGGAGAGGUCGACCUGUCAAGUUUGAAUUGGAGGAAGCAAAUCCAAAAAUCUCGACCGCUUCACCCACAUCGCCUUCUCACCAACUGACUGCUGACAAACGU